GGACGGCCCCCUAGGGCACAGCAGAUGAAGUGGAGGAGAAUUCAUGCUCAUCACAACAACUGUCAACAACUGCAGUUCGUGGCCUAAAGUUUGUACCUGUCUAUGUUGAUGCCUCACUCUGUACUAAAUGCAACAUGAAAUGCCCCUUAUGUUUAUCAAUAUUUUUACCAACGUCAUUUUAUACAUCGUUUUAACUUUCUAUGCACAAUGCCUCUUUCAUAAGAAUAGUAUCUGUAACAACAUGUGAUGUCAAAGCGAUAGUAAUUGAGAAUGUGUGCGUUAGGUCAGGGUGUGUAUGCUUAAAGAGUAAUAAUAUUCAAAAAAGUAGAAUCCUAUUCACCACAAGCUAAAUGUGCAAAAUAUCAACUCGUGCAAAAUGUAUUGGGGAUUGAACUUUGGCUGUCCAAAUAAGCGGGAGGAGCGGUAGAACAGUAUAGGGUGUAUAUUUUUAAAGUACCAUAUAUCGAAUUAAGUAUAGUGGAAAUAAUACAAUAUUUAAAAAUACUUUUCUUUUUUUAAAAACACGCUUUUAAUGAAAUGUACUGUCCGAGCUGCCCCUCCCCCUGCCCCUUCCCCCAUCGCCCCUCCCCUCCUUCCACAUGCCCCGCCCCUGGGCGUGGCUCCCCGAGGCUUGCCGUGACGUCAGGGACCACGUGGUGAUUUACAGGCAACCUUGAACCCAGCCAGUGGCUGGGUGUGCACAGAUGGCAGCAGCUGCAGCACCAUUGGGUGGAGUUCAAACACACAGCGUGGAUCCCCGCCUUGAAGACUGUCCUCGUGAGACGGUGUCCAGAGCCACUGUAGUGGAAAUGUGGGAUGAAUCAUCAACGGUAAAAGGCCUCAAGCUGAGAAUCCACAACCAACAAUUCACCUUUAAAGCAGGCCAGUGGGUGGACUUCUAUGCCCCUGGCAUAGCUGAGAUGACAGGGUUUUCCUUCUGCUCAAAUCCUGAGCAACUGGAGAGCGAAGGUGUCAUCGAGUUGGCAGUCAAGGAUAUCGUGGAUAAUCCAGCACAUUGGGUGCACACACAGUGCAAAGUUGGGGUGGAAGUGACAGUCCGAGUUGGUGGAAAUUUCUACUUUGAUCCCCGGCCAUCCGACCCUCCUGUCAAUUUGCUGCUGGUGGCAGGAGGUGUGGGGAUCAACCCAUUACGCUCCAUUCUGAUGCACUGUGUGCACCUCAUGAGGCAGCGGGUCCUCACUCAAGCUGGAUGCCAGCUGGGGAAGAUCCAUCUGAUCUUCACUGCAAGGACGAUCAGCGAGCUGAUAUUCAAGGACUGGCUGCUGUCCUUGGUGCAAGAGUUCCCAGGGAAAAUGUCCCUCCGGUUCCACAUCACGCGGUGCAAGUCCCCAGUAACGAAGGACCUGAAGCCCUAUACUACAGUGGGGAGGAUCACUGGACAAGACCUGCUGCAGGCAUCGCAAGGUAGCCCACACUGCUUUGUCUGCGGCCCCUCAUCCAUGUACGACUUUGUGACGGACGCACUGGGAGGUGCAGGGAUUCCCAAGGAUAACGUCUUUUAUGAAAAGUGGCAGUAGUGGAGGCACCCAAAGAGCUGCUUGAAAAAAUACGUGCAAAAUUAAUUCCACGUCUUUGUUUAUAAUCUUUUCAUCUACAUUACUUUAAUGGUUUCAUAAGAUCGUUAAUAUUGUAAAAUGUAUUACUCCUGCUUAUAAGAUGAGAGAUCAAUCAGAAUUAGUGUCUCUUGUAAAUGCAAAGCAUCUUGCCAGUAAAUAUUUUGUGAUUCACUGUUUUCUUGAUUUAAUUGCCACUGUUUCAUUACAUAUUGAUGAUCAACAACGUUAUUGUUCUGGUAAACAUUGACAGCUCAUUUGUAAAGACACUACUUACCAACAGUGGAUUGCUCAUGGCUGUUGAUCAGUUAUAUGAAAAGUUAUUUUGACCGUCGUCAGUUCUAGGAUAUGCAUAUUGCAGUUUGCUGAUGAAAUGAACUACAGGAAAUGAGUGGAAUGCUUCAUAAAAUAAAACUUCAAAGUGACGCUAUUGGGGGGGGGGGGGACACAUGGAACAUACAUCGGAGUCGGUAUACCUAGGUCGAUUAUUAAAGGCAUACACGGAUCAAAUGAGAAAAUAAAAAAGCAGAUUGCUGUGCUUUUGGAAAACUAAAACUGAAUCAGGAAAAUAAACGUACAAAUGUGUACACAAAGAUGU